CAAACACACGUCAAUCUGUCAUUUCCCGCACAACUCCCUCCCAGUCCGCGCUUCGUUCGUCUCCUUUCGUCUCUUCACUCUCUCCUCUCUGCACUGGUCGAACUCGGAAUCCCCCCGGCGAUGUCGUCGAAGGAGCUCCCUGAAGACCCCGCCAACACCGGGACCGAGGACGAGACCGUCGCCGCCAGGAGGAAGCGGUCUCGCCGCGUCAGCUUUGCCGACGUGGAGAUCACCUCCGUCCACAUCUUCAAGCGGGACGAGGAUUACUACGACAGCACCUCUCCCUCCCAUCCCAAGCCCGAUGGCCCGGACUCCGGCGGCGGGUCCGCGGGGGACGACGCCGGGGUGCGGCCGCUGUUUAGGGAUUUGGGGGACCACAGCGACGACUCGAGAGAGCGCACGCCGAGCGGAGAUUACGAUAAGGAGGACGGGGAGGAGGACGACGACGAGGUCGGGGUCGCCAGGAAGUCGUUCCUGAGGCCGAUUGGGUCGCCGUCUCCGGGGAGCAGCACGUUUGGCUCUGCAACUUCUAAUGACGAAGACAAUUUUUUUGGUCCUGUCUCCGCAAGCUUCAUUAGACCCGGAAGGCUCUCUGACUCUGCUGCUUCAGAUGAAAAUCACGAUGUAACUAUGGACUCUACAGCAUUCUCAAUGCAUUUUCGUAGCCUUGCCAGAUCCGACUCUGGCAUGGAGAAGUCGCCAACAGGCAUUCAUCUUACCUUUGAUGAGAGAACACCCUCGGACAGAAAUACCCCUGUCAGCACUGGAAGUUUAAUGAUGCUAACAAAUGCUAGGAAGCUGACUCCAGAAUCUGCUCGUCUUAUGCAUAAUGUUCACAGUAAUGGUAAAGAUUCCAAUGAAAUGAGCCUUAUUGGGAAUAGUCCAAAUAGGUAUGACUAUGGUAGACUUUCUCCCUCCUUGGAUGCCAUCCUGGCAGAAGGCAGCCAGGAUUUGCAAGCUCUUCCUGGUUCUGAUGUUGACAAUGCGAAUGCAUCAGCUACUUUUGAAGUUUCCAAUGCUGAUGAGAGUGGAAGCAGUAAGGAGAAUGUUAAGGGUUCUGCAGAUAACAUGAUGACCUGUAUGGGCACUGAUGGAACCAAUCAGAUGAGUGUUCCAGCUCAUCAUGAAUUAGACAAGGCAAAUAGUGCUUCCGAAGGAAUGCACAUUCAGAAUGUUGGGAGUGAUUCAUCUAAUAUGGUCGACAGUUUCACUCCCGAUGCACCUGUUUAUCAGCAUAUCCAUACUCCCAAUCAGACUAUAAAACUUGGGUCUGUAUUUCAACAUGUGACUGAAGUAUCUGUCAAGGAAAAUUCCCUGUGGAAUGGAAGUCAGAAUCUUGAUUCUACUGAACAGGACCCCAACAGAUUGCACACAUCUCAUUUGAAAGGCUCUAUAUCGUCUUUAGCAGCUAAAAGGCGGCAAUUAUUUCUGGAUACAGUUAGUUCACCUGCAAACUUUUCCAUUGCAUCUGCUUCAGCCAAAAUUUCUGGUUCACUGCUAAGUAAGGAGGGUUCGACGCUGUCAUCUUUUUGGAAGAACAUUCCUAAGUUCGGAAAUCUUGAUUCAUCUCCUUCUACUCGUUUAAAGGAAAUCAAAGCAUUAAAACUCAAGUUAUCUGGUUAUCUAUCUACUUCUCCUUCCAGUACCAUUCAGGUACACACUAGCAAAGAUGUAGUAAGCAAACUCACAGUUUCCCCUGUUGCUGUUCUUGAUAGCAGUCCAACAAAGACCCCAAUCAUAAAUAAGACGAAUACUAAUUUGAGCCAAGCUGAGAAAACUCUAGCUCUUGCCAGGAAUGGACAAUCUCCAGCUCGCGCAUCUUUGCACAUUAAUCAUAAUGAUCAACCUGUUACAGUAGCGACAGAAAUGGUCUCGCUCGACAACUUCAGCGUGUCAGGUGGUGGAGUGAUGCAACCACAAUCUAUGUUCGAGAGUUCUGAAAACACUGCCUUGGUCUCUUUGAAAACUGAUCCUUCAUUGGAUGAAACUGCUGUUGCUCGAAGAAAGGAUAAUGAGGAACCUAUUGUCAGUCGUAGGUUGUCAACUUCCCCAGUGCAAAGGUUAAAUCAUGAGUUAUUACCAUCAGGGAAUGAUCAAAGUACACGUGGUUUCUCUAUGCAACAAAAUGUGUACACAAAGUCCAUUGGCAAUGACUCAGAUCAAUUUGGAAGUCCUUUACAGUCUGUAGCCUCUGGUGGCUAUCCAAUUGAAGAUGUUAACAAGAUAAAGUCCUGCUUCCUUGAGAGGAUAUCUCCAAGGGGCGGAAACAUGUUGGAUUUGCAGAGUUUAAAGCCGCUCAAGGACCUCCAGACUGAAGCAGAUGGAGUCAGAUCAAUAGAUGAAGUUUCUUUUGGGGGAAGAAAAGUUUCUUCUGUUAUGCCUGAUUCCAUAUAUCCAAACAAAAGUACUGAUGUGUCUUUGCCUAAAAAGAGCCUCUCCAAGGAACCAGCGCAGAAUGACGACAAAGAAAUCCAUAACAUGCCCCAUCGUGAGAAUAUGCAGUCCAUUGUUGGGGAAAGCAUAGCUACUUCUAAGUCUCACGCAUUUGGCAUUAUUAGUAAUGACAAUCAGCUGGAGCCUCGUCAUUCCGAAAGUAUUUUGGCGGCACAAGAGAUCAAGGAAUGUCACCAUCGGAAGAGGAAAGGAGAUGUUCUUGAGGAUGGAGAUCCUGUCGGUAAGGUCGCCAGGACAACAGGGAGUUCAGAAAUCAAAAGAAGUGAAGGAUUUGAUGUCAAUUCCUCACUUGAACAUCCCAAAAAUUCUUGUAUGGAAAGAGAGAAUACUGGAAAUAGCAUACCACAAUGUAGAAAUUGGAAAGAUGUUUUUACAAAGUUCUUGGAUGAUAGCAGAAAAGUAACGUCUCCCUUGGUUGACAAGCUAGAUAUGAGAAUGAUCAGCAUGCUCGAUGAGAUGUUAGUUUACCUUCAGAAAGUCAAAAACUACGAGCUGCUUAGCUCUGCCAUCCAGACUAAGAAGGCAGAUCAAUCUCGUAGUGCUUCUGAGAAAAGAUUAUAUGAGAUCAUUCCUCUGCUGUAUAAAGCAUUGCAUGAAAAGGAGAGAUUGCGCUUAAAUUGUGCGAAGCGCGAGAGGCUGCAGAAAACAGAACAAAUCUUGAGGUCUUCGAUUCAAGAGUCUCAUGCAUUAAAGUUGAUAAUCAAGAAGACCUCAUUGUUUGCUGGUGAGGGUGGCAGUCCUGAUGAUCAUCAAUGUUCAACUCAAUUUGAGAACAAAUACGAGGUUUCUCAUAACAAAAUGACAUCAAUGAAGCAGGAGAUUGAAAUCUUAGAGAAGAAAAUAGAGAACUUGACCAAAUCUCUAAACAGAUUUUGCAAGAUGAAGGAAGAAUUAGAUUGCGUAGAGACAAUUGGACUAAUCAAUAACUUGAUGAAGAAAAGGAUGUGUUGCAGAUUGGUUCGCCUGGAUUUGCAGCUGUGGAAAGUGAGUUCCUUUGAGAGUAAAAGUGGCCAUCAUGAUAUCACUCUUGACUAUCUUGGGUUAAUUUUCCAAAGGCUUAGCUUGACUGCUCAUCCAGUUCCAAGUUUAACAGUUUCCAACAAAUUGGUUGAUACAAAGAUAGAACAGAAUUAUCCAAAUAUGGCAGCUCGCACAGCAUUUGCUUUUGUUUUCAACAGCAAGACAAUUAAGAAGUAUGCCACUUCAAAAUGUUUGGCAAAGGAAACUCAAAUGACACAUCUCGUUCUUAGAAAUCUCUUGGAUGUACUUGAGGAAUUACUUCUAGCACGACUAGAAAUUAAGAGUCUAACAUACACAAGUUUUUUCUCUCCAAGAGAUGGGCAACUUGAUCUGCUGCUUUCCUUCAUUAACUUCCACAGUGAUCAGAAGGUGGCAUUAAGCUUUGACAUGACAUGUCUGAAUUGGCCUGUCUAAUUGAUAACCUAACCAUAUGAUGUGCUUCUGUUUUGCUCAAUUAUCAUUUAGGCUUUUGGUGUCCAAUCUGUGAAUUGGACAUUUGCCGUCUCAGAAAUGAGAAACAGUAUGUUCCAUGCAUGAGUUUUCUCAGCUUGUUGGGUUUGACAUUGGCAUCUACUCUACUUCUCUGACUCCUUUUUGAACUUCCAUUAGUGUCGAUUGGAUUAGUUAAGUACUGCUAUUAUUGAGGAAAAGUAUUUUUUUAUCUGGACCUUCAUUAUAC